AAAUUUGAAAUUCAUUUAAUAAUCGUUGGUUUAACUUGAAACAUCUCGCGGCGUGGGAAUAUUUAUAAUCUUAGAAGCUAACCAUAGUCGUUGUGUCUAUUCCGAAAAUGAUAGUAAGGGCUGUUAGAAAUAAUUUAAACAAUUAGAUGUGUGAAAAAUGGAUGGAAUCGCUAUAUGGCUUCUAUUUUUAAUCUUUUUACCCUUCUUAUUGUUCUUUUGGAAAUUGCUGUUGAUGGCUUGGAAGAGUUUCUUGAUGACAAGAAAGUUAAAAAAUUCAUCGGAAACAUCCCGUCAAAAUCAAUUAUCAACUGUAAGUUAUUCUGUCGAUACAAACAGCAAUCGAUCAAAUGGUGGAGCAAACAACCGUCGAGGCAGUGAUGCAACUUUAAAAAUUGAUCUACCUCCAACCUACGAAGAAGUAAUGAAGAAUUUUGUAGGCUUGAGAGAAUUAGCUGAAACAUCGGCUACAGUUGCUGGAGCAGCCUCCAAUGGUGCCAAUGAAAGAACAAACACUUUUGGACUUGUUCACAUCGAAUCAGGAACACUUCCAACUUCUGAACAACGUAAUGCCGUCGUGUAAAAUAAAUUCUACAUUCUUUUGAUGAGACGUCACGUCAACAUAAUAAAAAACAAAUUAUUUUAGAAUUUAGACAUUUUACUUUUUAUUCAAUUGUCUAUUCAUAGAAAAUAUAACGCAUUUUAGGCACUACGAACAAUUGAUUUGCUUUAAAUAUAUUAACUCUUUGUAAAAAAAAAUAUAAAAAAAUAAACAAUUUUAACGGAAUUUAAAUUAUUUUGUACACUAUA